CGAGAUAGUUCGCAUUUGUAUGUACCAUGCUAUUCCCACCAAUUCCGCAGAUGUAGUCGGUAAAUAUAAGUUAUUCACGAGGUGAUGUCAUCGUUGUCGUAACAAUUAUUCCUUCAUGGUAGUUCCGUAAUUAUCAGUUCAGUUGCUGAGUGAAUCUCUGGGCUGUGGGGCGGAUGAUAUUUUGUCCGGAGAUUCUGGCAUCUGGCGAGGUUAAACAGAGAGAAUUUAAAAUGUAUCUUGGCUCUGCUACUUCACGCCUGUACCUGUUGAUGAUCUGGGUGAUCGCUCUGGCUACGCUGACAGAAUCCGCAAAGAAAUUGAAACUUUGCGUCGUGAGCACUGCACAGAGGGCUAGAGUCGUCGAGGCAAAUUGUGGAGAUUUUAGGAAUGAUGGCUUUGAGUGUGUUAUUGCUAGUGAUAGAAUUGAAUGUCUGAGAGCAAUAGUCAAUGGCAGAGCGGACUUCGCUGUUUUUCAGCCGCAGGAUCUUUUCGUCGCACAAAGCAUCAACGAUGGGCAUAUUCUCGUCACCCACGAAUUUAGACUCUUCCCAGAGGAGGCAUCCUAUUAUGAAAUGGUCGUUUUGGUCACCGAUAAAAUAAGGAGCCUUACUGAUCUCCACGGCAAGAGAUUCUGUCAUCCUGGAUACGACAUCAUGGAUUACGAUUGGACCCCGCUUUUUGCAGAGUAUCUGCAGAACCAAAUAAUCCCUAAGAAAUGCGAGGAUUCCUCUUCCCUUCUGGAGAACAGAUUCGCUGCAUUAUCCGAAUGGUUCAAGGCUGCCUGCUUCCCUGGUCCCUGGAACUUCUCCCCGGAUAAGGAAGUCGAGAGACACCUGAAGUCAAAAUACAUCAACAUGUGUGCAAUUUGUAAUAAUGGUGCUUGUGACAUCAAUGACAAGUACAGUGGACGCAUGGGUGCCGUAAUGUGCCUAACCGAGGGUGACGGUGACGUCGCUUGGGUACGGCUGGAGGACGCUAAGGAAUACUUCAAGAUGGAGAUGAUUAACACGUCAAACUACAAAUUUAUGUGCCCUGAUGGGAUCGUGAGAAGUUUAGAUUUCUCGGGUGAUUUACCGUGCACCUGGAUCUCAAGGCCUUGGCCAGUUAUUGGUGCAAGAAGUGAUUUGGUUGAGAGAGUGGCUAGAGUAAUCGAUGGGCUUGCACAUUUGAACGCCCCCUGGCAGGUACUUCUUCUCUUGCUGAUAGAGGGGCACAAGGUCGCAACUGUCAAAAUAGACCCCUUCAAGACCCCCGAAGACUACCUCAAUGGAUUCACUGGGCUGAGCAGUGCCUACGCCGGAUCGACGUGUUACCCUUCCAGAAUAAUCAGGUGGUGUCUCUCCUCGAACCUCGAGGACAGAAAAUGCCAUUGGCUUCGUCGUGCUGCUCUCUCAUAUGGGUUGGAACCCGAAAUCAGUUGUCUUCAGCAGGCUGGUCGAAAUGCCUCCAUCGAGGGGGUCGCGCAGGGCUUCUGUGAUUUUUAUAUUGCUCAGCCUGAGGAGUUCAUGAUUGCGAGAAAGAAAAAUUUGACAGCCAUCCUCCAAUUGACGAGUUCCUACCUCAAGCACUUCAACAAUAUCGCGAUACUAGUGAAGAAAAACUCAAGAUACAAAAAAAUCGAGGAUCUCAGAGGAGCCAGGGCUUGCUUCACUAAAUACAGAAGUGUAGCAUGGAAUGCAUUUGUCAGUUUCAUGAGCAAUCACACGAAUGAUCGGUCCUGGUGUUGUUCAGACGAAAAAGCCAUCUCCACUUUUUUCGACUUAAUCGUCGUUCCUGAAGCCGACGCCGACGAGGAGAAGCUAAUCGUCAAGACUUUUCAAUGUUUGCUAUCAGAUCGUGGAGAUGUUGCAUUUGUCUCCCUUCGCGAAGAAUUCAAGUCUCACCCAGAUGUGCGCAGGAUCUGUGUCGAAGAUGUCUUUGACCCUGAUUGCAUUCUCACCUGGAGUAGUUUAGGAUCGGUAAUGGUGAAUGAAAAUCUACCUCAAGUACGUCGCAGAGAGAUAAUAUCAAUCCUAGAAGAGAUGAACACUUGGUUCGGGGUGCGACAUCCAGAGCCAACCCCAGCUAUCAGCCUCUACGAGCCCUACGAGACCCACCACAACGUCAUCUUCCCAGAACUGACUGUGAACCUGCUGCAGAAUAUAAGUCACGUACAACUACCUCGACCUUACAGUGAGAGUCUGGAGCAACUGAUCAGGAUCAGGAGUGAUCCCCUCGUCUGCGGCGCUAGCUCUACAAAGUCGUAUGAUAGUAUUUUAAUUUCCUUGAUUGUUACCGUUUUACUGAAUGCCGCGAUUUUUUAUUGAGAUGAUUCCAUGACUGUGAGAUACGUGAACAAGGGCUCCCUAUUUUUUAUUGUAUAAUAUUUACCUUUUAGAAAUGAUUUUUACUCAGCACUCAUUAGACAACUGAGGAAAUGUGGAAAUUGAGCUCAAAACAAAGAAGACUAUCUUAUAAAUUUAGCUGUAUUUGUACAAUAACUGAUAUUACAACUAAUCUGUAAAUACUCUCUUGCCAAUAACUCGGAACGUGCCAAAAUACUUCUAUAUCGUUAUAAGAAAAACUAGAAAAUGAAUAUCUCAGGACGGAUUUGGUCGGACUAGAGUGCCUUAUACUUAGUAAACCGCUACGUAAUAUAAAAAUGUAUUCAAAUCAGCAGUUCGAUCUGCGUUGUUAGAGUAGUGGAAUCCUUUGUUGAAUCUGUGAAUCUCAAGGGUGCCGUUGUCCAAUCCCAGCGCCUGAAGGUGAUAAUAUUAAUAUUAAUUUGAAUAAAAAUACAAAUUUUACAUUUUUU